UAAAACAUGAAGAAAGUUGUCGGAAAAGUAGGAUAGAACAAAUUGAUUACAUAAGCUCUUUCGCUCACUGUCUGUGGACAGGAAAUCUUGUCCGCUGCCACCAUGAAGUCUAGGGACGAGGAGGAAUACGGGGGUAAAUUAAACGAUAUGCCCGAUGACUCCAACUAUGUUAAACCGUACCUGACUCUUCUGAAACAAAGAGCAGGAGAAAAAUCAAACAUUCCACACGUGCUGGAUUUGUCUGACAACUUUUUGUUAAGGUUUUUACGGGCAAGAGACUUUGAUGUUGAGUUGUCGUUGAAGUUACUGGUUAACUACCAUAAAUGGCGCCAAGAAUGCCCUGAAAUAACUGCCAACCUGUGCCCAUCAUCCGUUUUAGGCCUUCUCAAAAACAAUUACCACGGGGUUCUGAGAUUACGGGAUGAGUCUGGAAGCAGAGUAUUAAUCUAUCGCAUUGGUCAAUGGAAUCCCAAGGAUUUUACUGCUUAUGAGGUAUUUCGUGUCAGUCUCAUAACAUCUGAGCUGAUAGUUCAAGAGAGGGAGACCCAGAUAAAUGGACUGAAGGCAAUAUUUGAUCUCCAAGGCUGGUGCUUUGCCCAUGCACUGCAGAUAAAUCCCUCCUUGGCUAAAAAGAUAUCUGCCAUCCUCACGGAUUCCUUUCCUCUCAAAGUCCGUGGUAUUCACCUGAUAAAUGAACCAAUAUUCUUCCGUCCAGUCUUUACCAUGCUUCGACCAUUCCUGCCUGACAAAAUCAAGCAGAGGAUUCACAUGCAUGGCAGCUCAUACACUCAGAGUCUCUCUGAGCACUUUCCCAGUGACAUCCUGCCUGUUGAGUUCGGGGGUACAGGUCCCAAACUGGAGGAAGUGUGUCAGGAGUGGACUGAAUACAUCAUGCAGUGUGAGGACCAACUCCACAGUCUCUCCAUAGAUCAAGAAGGGAAUGUCUCAGAGUGCAGCUCCUUUUCUGACACAUGAAAAAGGACUGAAUGUAGUUGAUCAGCCAGAUUUGUUCCUGUUCUUAAUUCCUUUGUAGCAUUAUACCAAUAUUGCUUGAGCUUCCAUCAUGUUACCAUGGGUUAAUGUUGCAUACAGUAGUUCAAUGUGAACAAUACUUGGAACAGAUUGAUUAUCAUCCAGGUUGUGUCAACCGCUAAGAUUGUUACUGACUCUCAUGUCCGUCACUGCAGUCUUACCUUUUUUCAUGUUAGUUCCUCAGUUACCUACCUUCAAAACUCAACACAAAAUCACAAAACUCAGGGUGUAGCUUUUUCAGUACUGUUUUAUAUCAGAAAAACAUGGGUAUCGUUGUUGUUAUUACCAUCGUGUGAUAUACUGGUAGAAAUUGCACACAUUUUUGUAACUUUAAUGAAAGAAGGAAAAAUAACUUGAAGUUUACAACUAAGACUUGUUUACUUAAGUGAGUCCCUAAGCUAAUGAUGCAGUUAGGCUGUAGCCUGUUUUUCCCCUUUAGUCUACAGAGCACAGAGUCAUGGCUCCUUACUCCACUGCCCUUCGUUCCUGGUUCUGGUUGGUAAAUAUUGUCUUAGGCCUAUUAACCUCACUGGAGAGUUUUAAUGACAUACUGAUGCAGAGUAUUUAAAGAGAUUUCCUUCAAAUUUUACACAUCAAAUACCAUUAUUUAAUGUUGCAAAUGUUGCUUGUACUUAUAUAAAAUUUUCGUUACUGAUAAUUUGUAAAACAAAAAAAAAAAAAAAAAAAAAAAAUUAGUGCUGCUAAUGUUAAUUACAAUCCAGUGAAAUUCCUCAAACUACCACUAGUCUUAAGUUUUUUCAUGUUAGUUCCUCAGUUACCUACCCUCAAAACGCAAAAUCACAAAACUCAGGGUGUAGCUUUUUCAGUGCUGUUUUAUAUCAGAAAAACAAGGAUAUCAUUGUUGUUAUUACCAUUAUGUUAUAUAGUGGUGUAACUUUAAUGAAAAAAGGAAAAAUAACUUGAGGUUUACAACUAGGACUUGUUUGCUGAGGUGAGUCCCUAAGCUAUGAUGCAGUUAGACUGUAGCUUGUUUUUCCCCUUUAGUCUACAGAGCACAGAGUCAUGGCUCCUUACUCCACUGCCCUUUGUUCCUGGUUCUGGUUGGUAAAUAUUGUCUUAGGCCUAUUAACCUCACUGGAGAGUUUUGAUGACAUACUGAUGCAGAGUAUUUAAAGAGAUUUCCUCCAAAUUUUACACAUCAAAUACCGUUAUUUGAUGUUGCAAACGUUGCUUGUACUUAUAUAAAUUUUCGUCACUGAUAAUAGUGCUGUUAAUGUUAAUUACAAUCCAGUGAAAUUCCUCAGACUACCAGAAUACAAUAUACAGAAUACAAUAUUCUGUUCUUUUUUCCUUUUUGCCUUGCCUUUGACCUGUAUACAUUUUUAAUUUUAUUAAGAAAUGAAUUAAAAUAACUUUCAGUUACUCCACUGAACUGUGUAGGCAAUGUUUUAAACAUGCUUGUAACCCUCAUAUCUCAGAGCUGUUAAUCAUUAAACAAUGUCUUUAACAUUCUGCCACAAUAAGGUACAGAAAGUGUGUAGAAUUAUUACUGUACAAGAACCUGAACAGUAACUUUAGUGUACCUAUAUACACUAACAAUAGCAUAGCAUAAAAUCACGUAAAAGCAGUCCUUUUCACUCAUAGAAUACACCCAUGGUGCUAAAUACAGGAGGUCCGGCAGCCCUUAAUCAACCCUUUGGAUUAAAAAUUAUUUGUGUAUGUGUAUUUGUUUGUUUGAGUGAGUGAGUCCUGAAAAUAAACUGUAAAAACUUGG